GCUAAGGCGAAGGGAAGAUGGCGGAAGGCGGAGAGAAGAGCUACCGCUGCUGAAUCAGAUUUAACAGGCAGGUAAAGAGAUUUACCAGCACAUUUGACCGCUGUCAAGUCAGUCUUCACCCUGAAGGAAUAGAGACGCUGAUGGCGCUGCUGUACGGCCUGUUAUGGCGGUUCUUGCUGGUGCUGGUCCACGUCAACAGAGCCCUCGUCUCCUGGAUCCGUGUCCGGCUUCGGAGCUGGAAGGGCCGACUGUGGGAGCGGGCUAUGACCGCGCUACUGCUGCCGGUAGCCCUGGCUGGCUUCCCGGACCACCAGAAGAAGUUAAAUCGCAACCCCGGUGCUAACGCUAACCCGGUAACUGGAAACUACGCUGUCAGUCGCCGGUCCCGGUGUCUGUCCGAUGGCAGGUCCUUGGAGAAGCUGCCGGUCCACAUCGGCCUGUUGGUAGCCGAAGAGGAGCCCAGCUACACGGACAUAGCUAACCUGGUGGUGUGGUGUAUGGCCGUUGGUAUUUCUAAUGUCAGCGUCUAUGACAAUCACGGUAUUCUUCAAAAGAAUAAUUCUCGUCUGCUGGAGGAGAUAGUGAGGAAGCAGCAGGAUUUUCUGGGUGGAGAUGGAUCCAAAUACAAUGUGGAGUUCCUGAGCAAUGGUACUGACAAACACCAACAUCAUGUGGUGUCCUGCAGGCCUACUGUGAAGGUGUUGUCGCCAGAGGAUGGGAAGCAGAGGAUCGUCAAAGUAGCGCAGCAGCUCUGUCGCUCUGUGGAGAACAAAGAGAGGAGCUCCAGAGACAUCAGCGUCAGCAUGCUGGACAUGAUGCUCAGAGAGUCAAAGAAUAUUCCAGAACCUGAGCUGGUGGUGAAGUUUGGUCCAGUGGAGAGCACACUGGGCUUCCUCCCCUGGCACAUCAGACUCACUGAAUUCAUCUCCCUGCCCUCUCACAGAAAUGUGUCCUAUGAGGACUUGUUGGGUGCCCUGCAGCGGUACUGCGAUUGUCAGCAGCGGCUCGGCCAGUGACACUCAGGUCAGGAAGUGUGGGGUGCACACAGUCAGGGGAGGGUGUGGUAAAUCUUCCACUCACUGUGUCCCUCACUGCUCCUCUCCCACAAUCUGUGUGUCUCUUGGAUCUCUAACAGACUAAGAUGGCUCUAAAACGAGGAAGUUGGGAGAGCCAGCCAGCUCACUUCCUGCCACCAGCUCUUGUCAUAUAAUAAACUUACAUCCACAGGACUUGUGGAACAUGUUCCCCAAACUGACAUAAGAGUGACAUUGACAUUAGAAGAAUAUCUGCACAGACUCUGUGUUCCACAAACCCUGUUCUGUCCUCUGGCUCACUGUUUCACUGUUCAGUGUCCAGCUGCUGUUUACUGCUGAAGACCCAGAACAUGACUUGCCUUCACUCAGCAGACAACAAAGAAGAAACUAGGCUAUGUGUCAGUCCUUGUGAGGCAUCCUGGGGAAUACAGCUGCAUUUUUAGGAAGAGGCUCAACUGCUAACACCAUGUGAGCUGAGCAGCAGAAGCUGACCUUAGGGACAAAUCUGUAAAUAUGAAAAAUUAUGCGGCUCUGUGUUAUUCCCUGUGGCCUCCAGCUUACAAUUGUGUGAUCAUGUGCAGUGUUGCUUGAGACACAUCCAGAGGUUUGCUCGACUGACCAAGCUCUGAAAUAAAGAAAAACACUGUCUGACUGUGAA